AUGCUCAAUGAGACUAUCACCGCGUGGGCCUAUCAGACUGCCAUGGUUGACCUCCGGCAGGGCGACGCCCGCGAGAACAUAUUGACGCAAGGCGAGGCGAUCUGGGCUCGGCGGUUCAGGAGCAUUAAGGAGGCUAUCGACGCCGUGCUGGGACAAUUCUCAUACCAUGGCCAUCCUCUCCAAUACGUGGGAAGUCUGAGUCACGGCAUUCGAGGACAUCAUAAGGGAACUACCGUCAUCAAUCUGGACGACUUCGAUGUCGACCUCUUUGUGGCACAUGCUGAGGAGUGGCGCAGGCACCUGCCCGUGAUACGAGAACAAUUCCCGGAUAAUUUCAGCAAUGGAAAGAUACACUCAUUAGGAACCCAUAUGCAUGAGUUACAGAACCUCAGUUAUGCGGUAGGCCAUGCAUUAGCUGCGAAUCUUACAGGCAGGGUCAAAAAGUCAAGGAGAUUUAUUGGGAAUACGGAAAUUGUGCUUCGCGAAAUAGGCGCGUAUUAG